CAGAUAUGGGGUUCGAUUGGCUGGAAGGGCUAGACCACGCCCCUCUUAGUGGUGGACAUUAUUUACAUGUUGAGCCUCAAAAUACAGUAAGACAUGAAGACAAGCGGCGGUGGCUAUCAUACACCCUUUGAACUGACCACCUAAGAAAUAUAAUGUCCUUGUAUUCAGACUGAGGCAGGGGCAUGUCUCUCAGAUCUAAAUUCUGUCAGGUGGAGCAGCAGGGAGAGACCCAGGGGAGACUAGAGACAGGUAUUGUGGACCAUGUUAUUCACAUACCUCUGACAUCGGAUGUGCAAUAUAGCUCGAGUGGGUUUGAGGCGCCGCGGCCAAAUGCCUUAUUUACUGAUGCUAGAUCCUUUGGAUCGUACGCUGAAGCCGAGGACUGCAUUAUGCACGGUCAGUUUACGAGUCCUGUAUACUCAAGAAGCGCGUCGUUCUGCCUUAAGGAAUCUUGCCUCCACAGUACAGACGAAGAACAACCGUACGUGCAGAGCGGGAAAAGUUUACUCACUUACGAUAGUUACCAAAAUUUUACUCCGCCUCACGGGAGUUGUUUAAUAACACUUCGGUCAGAGAACACGGGGUGUGCAGUUAACGGAUUCGACUGGAUGAAAACAAAAAGAAACAAUUCUAAAAGAUGUUCUUGCGGCUUAACUACAGCAACAGCUCGCACCAGUUUCACUACCGGACAGGUGACAGAACUGGAGAAAGAGUUUCACUUUAAUAAGUACAUCGGAAGGCACAGAAGAGCCGAGAUGGCGAGCGCGCUGCAUCUGAGCGAGUCGCAAGUGAAGGUCUGGUUCCAGAACAGAAGAAUGAAGCAGAAGAAGCGGGAGAAGGAGGAGGGCCUUGUCCCGAUUACGCGCUCUACAGAACUGCACUCUUCCUCCACAGGCUCCCAGCCUGCUCACCUCCCCUGCUACUCGUGCUAUCAUAAAAGUGCCUCUACGCGAAAACUCACAUAGCCUGGGUAUCUGUGGCAAAUACCCAAAGGUGCUCAGAUGAUUGUUUGCACUAUUUAUAAGUAAACUGACUAAUAAUAAUAAUAAUAAUAAUAAUAAUAAUAAUAAUAAUAAUGAUGAUGAUGAUGAUGAUGAUUAUCAUCAUAAUAUACAUUUUUACGUUGUAUUAGCAAUCUCUCAAAAGCGGGACCCUAUUGCUAGUUUGCCAAAUAUGUCAAAUGUAAAUUUCAGUGCCUUUAAAAGCCUACAUUGUCUAAUUCUCAAUUUUUUCUAAGGACCCUGAAUAUGUAUUUUAGUUAUGUUAAGUUCUUAUAUAACUAUAACUGUGUCUUAAGAAAAGAUUGUCUAUGUUUAAAUUAUUAACAUGCAAUGUAUAUCUGAACUAACACUAUUGUCAUAAAAAAUAUAAAUUAUACUUCUAUUGAUUGUACAA